GACAUCUCCUCAAGGAACGUAAAGGUCAGCCCCAUUGUACGCUGGAGGAUCGAGUUACGCACUUUCACAAUGGCCAGUGGACUACGGAUAUUAGUGCCUAUUAAGAGGGUGAUCGAUUUUGCGAUCAAACCCCGCAUUAACAAAACCCAAACCGGUGUGGAAACCGCCGGCGUCAAGCACUCCCUUAAUCCUUUCGAUGAACUUUCGGUAGAAGAGGCCGUCCGCCUGCGCGAACGCAAGGGUCCUAUGAACGUUGCAGAUAUCCUCGCUCUCUCCGCUGGUGGGCCGAAAUGUCAAGAUACCCUCCGUACCGCAAUGGCCAUGGGUGCCGAUCGAGGUCUUUUGGUAGACGUUCCGGAGGGCAAAGGUGACGAAGGUGGCUUGGAGCCAUUGACAGUUGCAAAGCUGCUGAAGAGCGUUGUUGAGAAGGAAAACAUCAAUCUGGUUUUCUUGGGGAAACAAGCCAUUGAUGGAGACCAAGGCCAGACUGGCCAGAUGCUCGCAGGGCUGUUGGGUUGGCCUCAAGCCACGCAAGCGAGCAAAGUUACCGUGAAGGACGCUGAGGGCUCGAUUGAGGUUACAAGAGAAGUGGACGGUGGUGUGGAAACAUUAAAGGCGAAAUUGCCCAUGAUCAUCACGACAGACUUGAGACUGAAUGAGCCGAGAUACGCCAGCUUGCCAAACAUUAUGAAGGCCAAGAAGAAGCCAUUGGAAAAGAAGACCUUGGCUGACUUUGGUGUCGAAAACACCAAGAGAUUGAAGACGCUAAAGGUUACAGAACCCCCGGCGAGACAAGGCGGCGGAAAAGUCGAAGAUGUCGAUGGUCUUAUCGGCCGUCUGAAGGAGCUUGGUGCUCUGUAAAGUCCUCAAGCGCCACUGUGAUUUUACAGCCUUUUGGUUUUUAGUUUUCUGGAGGGAAAUUUUCUUUUUUUUCUGUAUGUGAUAUAUGGGAAGACACUGUAGAAGCGUUUUCGUUUGCUUUGUUUUUCCCUUGAGAUUGUUUAACAUGGC